UUCUUCGUCCACUAUCUUGCCUUGAUACAGGAUGCUUGCUGGAGCGAAGUUUACAUGAUCCUGUUAUGCGUCCACGGGAAACCUACCACAGAAAGAAAGAUGCUAAAGCUCCGGCUCCGCGCUUCCUAUGGUUGGACCGAGCAAGGGGAGCCCUGCAAGUUAAGAUGGUUUUGCGGUGUUUACACUGUACAAUGAAAGAGCUAGGAUCGGAACAUGCAGGGUGGUGGAGUGAAAAUCGAAUACUACAAGUCAAAUGGAUUGCCUUAUAAAGAUAACUGACACCUGCCCGCGACUGUUCUCUGGUUCUUUGUUCGCUCACAGUUCCAACGAAUCUAGACAUUUAAUCGAAAUAUUUUUGUAAGGUCAAUUGACAAUGAACAACACAUCCAAUGGACAGGGCACCUGUGCUCAGCCAAAGGAGAGAAAGAUCACAUGGGCAGUUGUGUUUUCAAUCCUAACGUGUGCAAUCAUUCUUUCCAAUAUACUCACAAUCACAGUCUUUGUCAAGACAAGGCUAAGAAGAGUACGCAAACGAACUCAUUAUUUAUUGAUUAGUCUGUCAUGCGCAGAUCUUAUGGUGGGGUGUUUUUCCAGUCCAUUGUUCAUAAGGGAUUUAAUUUAUCCUUUAGAACACAGGGGUAACUCAAUACGCCAGGCCGUCCACGAGGUUCUCGAUAUUACCUCRGGAUUUGCUUCCAUCCUCUCUCUGACCGCUAUAGCCGUUGAGAGACUGAUCRCUGUUCGCUGGCCACUAAAACACCGUUCCGCUACUAAUUCAUAUUACAUUCUUGCCAUUACUAUGCCUUGGUUGGUUGCCAUAGUGAUUUCGUUAUUCUAUUUGAUGGGUUAUAUUUGGAUAUUACUGCCACCUUACCUUUUGUCAUCAGUUGCUGUUGUUUGUAUAUCGACAUCGCUUAUUAUCAUAACAUUAUCGUAUUCUCUGGUAUGGGCAAAGGUUAGAGGAAGACAGUGGAGACCUCAGCGGUSUCAAGAAACAGACAAAGAACGCCGACUUACCAAGACUUUGAUGACUAUCACUGUAGCGUCACUGUUAGCAUGGUUACCAUUUGAGGUCCUACUUAUCAUACUUCACUUUUGCAACCAAUGUCGUGCACCUUUUACCGAAAAACUUUCAUCCGUCAGUUUGAUUUUCAAGCUUCUUCAGUUUAGCAACUCCUUCAUCAACACCGUGUUUUACUCGCUGAGGAUUCCUGAAUACAAGAGGACAUUGCGCCACCUAUUUCACAAGCCAUGCAAAAAAGAAGUGGCUAUUCCACUCCCGCACGUGAACACGGCCAGACUAACUUCAGUUAAAAAGUACAUAAGAUCGCCACUAAUGUCCAGCCCUAGAAUCAUGCGUUCUUUGGUCGUGUUAGAUACAGUGAGAAAUGCUGGACAAUUACCUAGUAACAUUAUUACUAGUAACUCUCCGCUUAUGACAAGAAGACUUGCAUUCAACUAAAGUAUUUCCAUGAAAUAAUGGGAGAUUCAAAAUGAAAGUGGUGAAAUGGAAAAAGGAAAUCCAUGAACAGGCAAACUGAAUAUGAAAAAAUAGAAAUGAGUAUUUGCGUGAUUUGAAACAGAUUUGGAUUCACUCAGUUCCACAUAAAUGAUUUUCUUCUUUUGAUCCCAUUUAUUCCGGCAAACUUAUCAUGUUAACUUUCACUCCCCGAAAAGUCACGCGCUGAAAACAAUUACAUUUAAAAGUGUAUUAUAACUG